GUGCUGCUAAUUUUUUAAAAAAGGUUUCUUUAUUAUUCAUACCCCCCCCCCAAAAAAAAAAGAAAACUUAAUUUGAUUUGUAAGGUAAGAAUUUUAUACUAAGUUUUUAACAUACGGUCUUAGUGGGAAAGAUGAGACAGUCCAUUAUUCAGUAUUUAAUUUUUAGAUACUCUGAUAUAUACUCCGAAAAAUCAAAAAAAUAUUUGUAAAUAUUUUAUGGUUUUUAUGAUGGUUAGAAAUUACAAACGAAAAACAAAUCGUGGAAAUUGAGAUGAAAGCAAUAUGAAAUUAGCUAUCCAAGCUGUCAAAAAUAAAGAAAUGACAUUACGUAAAGCUGCUAAUGAAUAUUCGGUUCCAAAAGAUUCUCUCAACAGAAGAGUUAAUAAAUCAAUAAAAACAAUGGCUGAUGAUAAACCACACAUAAAAUUGCUUGGUUCUUAUAGAAAAGUGUUAUCUGAUGCCCAAGAAAAAGAUUUAGCACAGUAUAUAAUCAAAAUGGAGUUAGUCUUUUAUGGUCUAUCAAUUAAUGAACUUCAAAGGGUGGUGUAUGACUAAGUUGUACGCAAUAAAAUAAAAUAAACCAUCCAUUUAAUACUGAAAAGAAACUUGCAGGUCGAGAUUUUAUAGUUGGAUUUUUGAAACGACAACCCUUUUUGUCUAUUCGAAAACCUGAGGCAGUAUCCAUAAAUCGAGUUUUUGGUUUAAAUAAGGCUGCUGUUCAAAGAUAUUUUGACAAUCUGGAAGAACUUAUUAACGAAAACCAAUUUGAAGCAAAUCGCAUCUACAACUGUGAUGAAUCUGGAUUAACAUGUGUUCACAAGCCUUUAAAAGUAAUAGCUCAUAAAGGCCAACGUAACUAGUGGUGAGAGAGGCCAAACAACAACUGUUAUACUAGCUUUUAAUUGUGUGGGACACUACAUACCUCCUAUGAUUAUUUUUAAAAGAAAGCGGAUGCUAGAUUCAUUGAUUGAUAAUGCACCACCAGGAAUACUUGGACGCUGUUCUAAAAGUGGUUGGGUAGAUACAAAUUUGUUUAUGGAUUUUAUAAGACACUUUGUAAUACAUAGAAAUUGUAGCACUACAAAUAAGUGUUUGUUAAUUCUUGAUGGUCACAAAUCACACACCAAAAAUCUUGAUCUUCUCAAUUAUGCUAGCAUAAAUGGAUUGCAUAUUUUAUCACUACCACCACAUACAUCCCAUAAGCUCCAACCGCUUGAUCGAACUUUGUUCAAAUCUUUGAAAAGUGCUUAUAACUUAGUAUGCACAACAUGGAUGAGAAAGCACCCAGGAAGAAGAAUUUCAGUUGAUAAACUUUCAGGACUAUUUUGUCAAGCUUAUGUGAAAGCAGCUACAGUGGAAAAUGCUAUUUUCGAGUUUCGAUUUCGAGUAACAGGCAUCAAUCCUUUUAAUCGAGAAAUCCUUCCUGAGUCAGAUUAUUUUGAAAAUCCAUGUUUAAAAGAUAGUUAUACAAACAUAAUAUUUAAUGAAAUAGCAGAUAUAAAUCCUGAACAAUCAUCUACAACUAAUUCUUUAAUUGGGCCGAACCAAAAUUCGAAUGUUCAAACAUCCAUUGCUAGUUUUUCAGUUAAUGAAAUAAAUGCCUCGUUGUCAAUUUCAAACUCUCAACAGCUUUCUUUUACUGAUAUAUUAUCAAUUCCAGCUAUUGAAGUGAAGACUACAAAAAGAAAAGGAGAAAAGUCAGAAAUUUUGACUAGCACAUCGUAUAAUAAAACUUUGCAGGAGGGGUUCGAAAACAAACAAAAAAGUUAAAUACAACAAAAAAAGACCAUCAGAAAAAAAGAUUAAACUAAAAAAAGAUGAUAUAAAUUAAAUAUGGAGAAAACCAAAAAAUAUCAGAGUCUAGCCAGAAAUGUGUCCAAUGCUUUAGGUGUAAAUUAUGGUACUAUGAAGUUUAUUUUGUUAAGUUAGUGACAGAUUUUUUGUGUAAACUGUGUGUGUGCCAUGAUUAUAUUUAAACAUUCUAUGAUCCAUUAAUUUAUGACUUAUAGUUGAGUAUAACUUGUGCAACAAUUUGUUCAGGUGGUGCUUAAGUUUGAACUAUGUUUAAUAUCUAUGUUUAAUAUUUAAUAUUAUCUAUGUUUAAUAUUUAAUCUCUAAUUUUAAUCUAUGUUGUUUAAGGCUUACUUAACUGUGGUUAGAUUAGCCAAGCAUGUUAAUUUUUCAAGCUAAAGUUACUAUAUUUUUUAUGAAUUAUAUUUAACAUCUUUUAUGAUAAAAAAUAAUUGGAUAAGUCUCUUAUUUUUUCUCUUUAGUUGCAUAACAUAUGCUGUCUCGUUUUGCCCCGUAAGGUGGGGAACAUGAGACACGCUGUUGCUAUUUAUAAAAUCCUCUGUGUAUCCAAUUAAAAAUGAAUUUAAAAAUUUACUUAUAAGUUUUGAAAAGAGUUACCCUAAGUAAGAUUUACUGUACACUUGUUUAGUUUUUUGCUUAAUUCCAGGUCUAUUUACAUAAUUUUUAAUCCUUAAGUGUCUCGUACUGCCCCGA